UUCCUUUGCCCCUCUCAUCGUCUCCAAUUGGGACCAACAGCCUCACCAACGCUUCGCCUCCUCCCCAAUCCUCUUUGCCCUCUUCUCUCCCUCGGCAGCAUGCCGCUGCUUCCCCACGCCCUGCUCUCCCCCGCCAUUCCCUUGCCUCUGCCCUCUCUCUCCCUCCCAAAGAAGCCUAUUCUCUCCUCUCCCCACCAGAUCCCACCCCUCCGGAUCUCCUCCCGCCCCUCCUCUUCCUCUCCCCACCUCCCCAGAUGCUCUCUUGUCUCCGUUUCGACCGAGGCGCCUCCCAAGGCCGGGGAGCACACCCGGGCGAAGCCGUCCCCCGCUGAGGUUUCCAGGACCAUCAUGGAGCUCUCCUCCACUGGCACCUUCUCCUCGCUGUCCACCGACGGCUGGCCCCUCGCCAUCGGCGCCCGCUUCGUCGUUGAUGCUCAGGGCGCCCCUGCCGUUUGCUUAAACCAACCCGAGAGGCUCUUCAAAAUUGAUGGCCUAUCCAGCUUCCAUGUUCAGUUUGAGCAAACCAGGUCACGCACUCCACAAUGCACGUUACUUGGAAGCCUGAGUAAACCCGAUGAUGCGUUUCUUCUGAAGAGGCUUCGUGCAAAAUGGGAGAAGAAAUAUGCAGAAGAGGUGGGGGAAGAUCUUAUUUAUCUAAUUUCUGUAGAGAAGGUGCUUCAAAUUGAAUAUUUUAAGGAGGAUGGCAUAUGGGUGACCUCCUCAGAAUACUCGAAUGCGGAACCUGAUCCUCUACGAAAUUUUGCUGAAAAGAUUGUUGAUGAGAUGAAUUCCAAACAUGUUGAAGAUGUCCGAGGGUUAUGCAAUGUUUAUGUGGAGCCAGGGUUUCAGGUAGCAGACACGAAGUUGAUAUGGGUCGACCGACUAGGGUUCGACUUAUUUAUUUAUUCAGAGGAAGCAGUAUUUGCAGCCAGAAUUCCUUUCCCUAGAGAAGUUUCAGAUGAAAAGGGAGCCAAGUCAUCAUUCAAUUCCAUGUCUCAUCUUGCUUGGGAGAUCGAAAAGGGGUAUGCCACUCCCGACUUCGAGAAGGUGAAAUUUCUGAAGAGGAUCAGGUAGCGGCUAAUUGAUUCUUGUCGCAGCCCCGUGUCCUCUUUAUUGUUUAGAGGUUAAUCUGUCUGUGUGCAAAAUGACCUUAUUCUUCUGGAAUUCCGCGAGUUGAAAUACAUGAUUUGGAUGCUGUGUCAAAACAAAUACAUGACAUCAUUGGCAUUCCUGCUUUGUCUGAAAAGGAAUGUUUGUGGAUUUGUGGGCAUCAAGUCAUUUUUUGGGUUAAAGAAUACUGAGUUAUAGCUUAUCAACCAAGUAUUUCAUUGAUAUAAAAUUUUUCGGCCCUGUAUUCCUACAA